ACGCACAACUGGAGAAGUCCAUUCAAUCUCACAGUCUCUUAACCAUGGGUCCUGUCUGCCUUUACUGGGACGUCUGUUUGUUUUUCCUCCUCAUAAAUACUUUCUAUGUCAUGGGAAAUGUUGGAGUCGCAGAGGCUGAUGAGUGCUCAGAAUCCACUGACGACUGUCACAUCGACGCUCUGUGCCAGAACACUCCAAAGUCCUACAAGUGCAUCUGCAAGACUGGAUACAAGGGAGAUGGCAAGCACUGUGAAGAUAUGGAUGAGUGUGAAAACGACUACAAUGGAGGUUGUGUGCAUGACUGCAUUAACAUCCCUGGAAACUACAGGUGUACAUGCUACGAUGGAUUCAUGCUCGCAGAUGAUGGGCACAACUGCCUUGAUGAGGACGAGUGUCUGGACAACAACGGCGGCUGUCAGCAGAUAUGUGUGAACACAAUGGGCAGUUACGAGUGCCAGUGCAAAGAGGGAUUCUUCCUGAGUGACAACCAACACACCUGCAUCCAUCGCUCAGAUGAUGGGAUGAACUGUAUGAAUAAGGACCAUGGCUGUGCGCAUAUCUGCAGAGAGACUCCCAAAGGCGGGGUGGCGUGUGAGUGCCGCCCAGGAUUUGAGCUGGCAGAAAAUCAGCACGACUGCAAACUGACAUGUAACUAUGGAAAUGGUGGUUGCCAACACACAUGCGAUGACACAGACGUGGGGCCUGUAUGCGGAUGUCAUCAGAAAUAUGCCCUUCAUUCAGACAGCAAGACCUGCAUUGAGAAAGAUGAGGCUGCAAUUGAGAGCUCUGAAUUCAAUACCACGUCAGUAGCUGAUGUGGACAAGCGGGUGAAACGUCGUCUACUUAUGGAGACCUGUGCAGUGAAUAAUGGUGGUUGUGAUCGCACUUGCAAAGACACGGCCACUGGGGUGCGCUGCAGCUGUCCGGUGGGCUUCACCCUACAACCCGAUGGCAAGACCUGCAAAGAUAUUGAUGAGUGUUUGGAGAAUAAUGGAGGUUGUGAUCAUUUCUGCCGGAACACAGUGGGAAGUUUCGAUUGCAGCUGUCAGAAAGGACACAAACUCCUCACCAAUGAGCGCACCUGUCAAGAUAUUGACGAGUGCUCUUUCGAGAGGACAUGUGACCACAUAUGCAUCAACUACCCAGGCAGCUUUGAGUGUGUGUGCCACAAAGGCUACAGCCUCUAUGGACUAACACACUGUGGUGAUAUUGAUGAGUGCAGUAUUAGUAAUGGGAGCUGUGAAUACGGAUGUGUGAAUACACAGGGCAGCUACGAGUGUGUGUGUCCCCCUGGACAAAAGCUCCACUGGAAUAAGAAAGACUGUGUUGAGGCGGUAAAAUGCCGUUCGAAUGGGAAGCUGGCACCUCGCGCUCAGCUCAGCUGUUCCAAGACAGGUGGAGGGGAGAUGUGUUCUCUGUCCUGUCCGUCAAAUGCCCUUUUCCUGGCAGAUUCUGAAAACAGUUACACUUUAAGCUGUGGAGUGCCUGUCCAACCAGGUAAAGUCCCACCCAAGAGGAACGUCACUACUUCCAGCAGUAGCUUCUUGCAAACUUGCACAGAGAUGCUGGCCCAGCCUAUAAAGCAGAAAGCACGGUUUAAAAUCAAAGAUGCCAAGUGCCACCUGAGACCCCGAAACAAGGAGAAACACAGAGACAUGGGAAAGCAGAGCUUUCAGGCUGGUCAGUUCCCCUGCACCGAUGACUGUCAGGUAACGUUUGUGAAUCUGAAGUGUGACUCAUCCAAAAAGCGCAGACGAGGCCGUAAAUCUCCUUCCAAAGAAGUUUCCCACAUCACCGCAGAGUUUGAGAUGGAAAUUAAAGAAGAGGAAGCCUCAGAAUCAUGUAAUGUGGAUUGUGUGCGUGAGAAGACCAAACAGAAGCUGCAGAAUGCAAUGCGCACACUAAGGAAGUCGAUCAGUAAGCAGCAGUUUUAUAUUCAGUUCUCCGGCACUGCGUAUGAGGUGGCCCAGCGUGCCGUGCGCCAGACGGAGGGAGAUGAGACUUGCAGUAUAGGACAGGUCCUCACUGAUGGGAAGUGCGUCAGCUGCAGUGUGGGAACGUUCUACAGUGGUGAACAGGACCAAUGUGUGAUUUGUCCACCAGCUACCUAUCAGGACAGAGAGGGCCAGCUGUCCUGUGAGCCCUGCCCCAGCACAGAGGGACAGGGCAUCGCAGGGGCUAAAAAUGUCUCAGAGUGCGGAGGCCAGUGCCCUGCUGGUCACUUCUCUGCUGAUGGUUUCCGUCCAUGCCAGCCCUGCCUGCUGGGCACCUUCCAGCCUGAGCCAGGUCGUGUGCUGUGCUUCCCCUGUGGAGGAGGUCUCAUGACCCGACACACGGGCAGCAUGUCCUUCAGAGAGUGUGAAGCCAAAGUUCAUUGUGCUCCUGGACAUCAUUAUAAUGCCACCACACAUCGUUGUGUACGUUGUCUGGCUGGUACUUACCAGUCUGAGUUCGGACAGAACUACUGUAUCACCUGCCCUGGAAAUACCACGACAGAUUUCGAUGGAGCCACCAAUGUAUCUCACUGCAAAAAUCAGAUGUGUGGCGGUGAGCUGGGAGAUUUCAUGGGCUUCAUUGAAUCUCCCAACUACCCUGGCGACUAUCCAUCUAAUGUGGACUGCGUCUGGACCAUCAACCCUCCAAACAAGAGACGCAUUCUCAUUGUGGUGCCAGAGAUCUUCCUACCCAUUGAGGAUGAGUGUGGGGAUGUUCUUGUCAUGAGGAAGAGUGCCUUGCCGACAUCCAUUACAACUUAUGAGACAUGCCAGACCUAUGAGCGCCCAAUCGCAUUUACUUCCCGCUCACGGAAGCUGUGGAUUCAGUUCAAGUCCAACGAGGGUAACAGCGGAAAAGGGUUUCAGGUUCCUUAUGUCACCUAUGAUGAGGACUACCAACAACUCAUAGAAGACAUUGUUCGAGAUGGUCGACUGUACGCCUCAGAAAACCACCAGGAGAUAUUAAAAGAUAAGAAACUGAUUAAAGCUUUGUUUGAUGUGCUGGCUCACCCUCAUAACUACUUCAAAUACACCGUGCAGGAAUCAAAGGAGAUGUUCCCACGUUCCUUUAUUAAACUGCUACGCUCCAAAGUGUCCAGGUUUCUACGGCCGUACAAAUAGAAACCAGAACAAUUAUUUCACAACCCCUCCUCUAACCCCAUCUCGCUUCCUCCUGUUCCACUGUUUCUUUCUUUUUUCUGCUAGGAAGUUCUCACUACUGUGGGAAGAGAAAGACGUUUGGCUUUCUUCCUGUCUCAAAUGUACUAUUCGCUUUUGUAUUUGUCCUUUUGUCCCGUUUUUGAUUCAUUGUCAUUUUAUUUUGUUUGCUAAUAUUUAUGUGCUUGAUUUUGCAAAAACCCUAUUUGGAUCUUUGAUAUUUACAGUAUAUAUUUGUAUAUGUAUGUAUGUAUGUAUAUAUGUGUGUGUGUGUGUGUGUGUGUGUGUGUGUGUGUGUGUACGUAAAAAAAUUGUGUAAGCUUAUGGCCUCAUACAGACACACACAGAUAUAUAUUAUUAUUUUGAAAAGGUUAUAUUCAUCCCCCUAAUGUGCACAAGAUUAGGAUUUUAAAAUCCUUGGUGCACUUAGUUUUCUUUUAAAACUGUUGGAGAAAGUUUCAAAGUUGGACUCGCUUCAUAAACCUAUUCUGACCACAAAAUUAAACUCAAAGCUUAAUGAAAACAAAAGAUAAAUGAGAAAAAAUAUAGAAGACAAAGACUACCUGUCAGUACAAGCGUUGAGAUAUGUGUACGUUGUUUAACUUGUAUUUGGAGCUUCAAUUGCACUUGAAUUUUAUAUUGUAAACUUUAGAGAACUAGGAAAUAUAAGUUAAGUUUUUCUUUAUGAUUUAUUGUUGUAUAGAUGUUUUUCUUUGGUUGUAGAAACAAUAAUAUGUCCAAACUGCUCCCGACACAGAGCUUAGUUCUUCAAAAGAGAUAAAGGAAAAUAUUUGCAGCACUCUCUCCCUCCUUAUUAUAAUAGUGUACACACAUUUCAUAUCACACACGUUUUCAUAAUAAUGUUUUAGAUCAUUUAAAGGUGAAGUGUGCAAAUUCUUUGCCACUAGUUCCACCAAACAAAAUUGCAAUCUAAUUUAAUUUGUUACAGCAGUCCUGACAACAUUAGCUCAACCAAUAGUGUGAGUUGGGGGAAGGACAGUGGAAGAUGGGGGAGUGUUUGAAAACAGUCAUUAUUUUUGCAGUUCAUUUUGGUGCCGCUAGUUUUAAUAUCAGAAAAGUGUUGAUGUUAAACUGCCAUCUUGUUAGACAUGCUGGUUUCAUGGGGCUUGUAGCUCCUUUUCAGCUUUUACUUUGACAAGUAUACUGCUACUUGUGGUACAGUAUUGUUACAAUGAUUUCUUGUUGAUAACCCUCCAUUUAGUUGUGUUAGCUCAAAGUAUAUUUAGACAUGUGAUGCAAAUCUUGUCAUCAGCAGAGUGCUCGAUCACUGAACAGGCGCAGCUCGAUUUUUAACCGCGCAUCUUUGAACGCACAGAAUGUGCAUGUGCCUGGAAUUAUUUGCCCUAAUUAGUGGGUCCACAAGAUGGCAACACUCACAUUUGAGCUGUUACCGUCAUGAAGAAGUGUUAGAAUAUGUAAUCGGCAGUAAUUAUCUGGAGAUUAAAGUAAAAAUAGUAACAGUGGAUGUGCACAUCAAGAGUGUUCGUGUGAGGAGGUCAGGUGAUACUUGCAUUUGUAUAACUUGAUUCUAAAGGAAAUAAAGGCAUCUUUAUGGGUCUAAACUCUUAAAGAGAAAUAGUUUGGUGUCUCAUAGCAGUCGUAGUGCGCAUGUGCCAACCACCGUGUAUGCGCGCACAGUCAUAUGGAUUAUACUUUGACAGGCUUGCGUUCGAAUAUAUGCGGACGCUGCGCGUUUGCGUCAAAAGCAAAGGAUACUUUGAGCUGAUGAGUGAGUUUUGGGAGAAUGUAAAUACAAUGAUUUUGGCAAGUUUUACCUUUUUGCUUUAAGAUAGUGCAGUCAUUCAUGAAAGUGGUGUGGAGAUUGCUUCAGAACGAUAGAGAGGCUGAUUUUGGAAUAAAGAGUCAUAUUUUGGCUUAUUACAUAUCUAUGACUUAGUAAUUACCUAACACCUUUGUGCUGUGCACAAAAACUCAUAUUUUGUACUUGUUGUUGGACUGUGGAACAUGAAUAGAGGCUGUUUGUUAAGAAGAACUGGUUACAUACUAAUAGUAAGUGAAUAUUGAUUGUUGUAAAAACUUUAUAUAUAAUUUAAUUUCACCUGAAUCAUGAAUAACCAGGUUGCAUUUGCAGUAUAAUCCAUACUAUUUUUUUUAGAGCUGUGUGUGUGUCUAAUUUAAUUUCUAUCAUAGUUCUGUUUAAUAUUGCCUCUUUGAUUUGUGAGAACUAAUGUACUGAACUCUUUGCAAACUCGUGCGCAUCUGUGAGACAAAAAGACUACAGUCUUUUGAGAAGUAAGAUAAAAGGACAGCCCCAAGCAGUAAAGCUCUCUCUCUCACAGGCAGCCAUAAAAUUUAAAAAAAAAUCAUAAAUAAGAUUAUCUGACAUUUGACAAUAUUCUGCAUUGUUUUGCAUAUAUAUUCCAGUUUGGGAGGUCAUUCUAAAGCUGCUUCGUUAUAAGCACUUAUCAAUUCUUGUAUUUCUACUGUUUCUUCAGUGUUCACAGGCAGAGAAAGAAACACACACACGCACAUUAAUUCACAGGUAUACUGGUGUCCUGCCAAUUUUUGGCUCCCUAUUAUCGUUAUGUUUAGGGGUAGGUGUGGUAUUUAGGGAUGGGGACCAAUAGAAGCUUUUCCACUAUCGUGUCAGUGUGAGCCAGGCCUAUCAACUUGCCAGCCAGGGCCAAUAGCCUCAGACCUCGAGUGGCAAGACCAAAAUCGAUAUGCAUUCUCACCAUCUGGCCAAUAGCCCCACAGCGUUGCCCAAAAACCCUCCCUAAAUUUGCCACUGCUGUACCAACGUCACACACCCUCCCAUUUCACAAGCAAGAGGGAAGCUCAAGCUGAGGUAUCAUGUUAUCAAGAAUAUUGAGUUCAUAUAGAAUGUAAACAUUAGCUAGCUAAAUAAAUUACAAAAUCAACUCACCGAAUGUAACUGCUGUGAUUUACCGAGUGGUCUCCCCACUAGCAGCAGGACGAUGUCCCAGCACACCAUCUGUGAAAGUUCAUUGAACCAUGGAAAGACAUUUCUUUUGGCACCGCUUUGGCCAUUGUGCGUUCAAAUGGAUUUUUACUGUGCCAACAUUUUAAAUAAAUGUAAAUUUAAUUUAAUUUAUUUUUUCCCCCAAACCUUUACCAUUGUACACAGGAUACAUAUCCUGACAAGUUCUGCAAAACUUUGCAUUUCACAUUGAACCCGCCUCAAUCCCUGGUUGGCCUUGGUUGGACCCGAGAAAGCCCUAAGGAGGCAGGAUGUAGCCCCGGAAGUAACAGUGGGAAUGCAACUGGCCCUGGCACGCACUACCACGCCCUUAUUUGGCCCAAUAGUAGAAACACAGCUAAUGAUCCCCUACCAGUGUUGGGUGUAAUCAUUCAUUAUUAAGUAAUUAGUCAAGAAAGUAGUGUAAUGCAUUACAUUUCAAAUUAUUGUGGGAGUCAGAUUUCGGCACGCACACUAUAACACAUUGCCUUAGCUUUGUUGUUAUGCUAGCGCAGUAAUUAAACUCUGUUAGCAGUUUGUCCUUGAUCUUCUCUUUUUUAUUCACUUUUUGUCUUGUAUGUUUACUAAAACGUUGGAAUUGGGACUUUUUGAAGAACUGUUGUCAUUAGGAAGAAGAAUGUAAGUAAAAUCGACUAAUAAAAACAUCUCAGUGUCUACAUACACACACAUUGACUUAAGUACUUAGACUGCCACAUGGAGAUACUGCUACUGGUGUGGAUUUGUACGCUUUAUGAAUACAGAUAUGUAAAUGAUGUACAAAUGUUAGUUUUUUUAUUUUAUUAAGUUAAUAUUUACAGUAGAAGGAGCCGAUGUGGUGAUGGUGGCAGUCUAAAACAGAGACAUGCACCGGACUUUUCUAGAAGGCUCUUCAUGGUGAAAACCACAUUAAAGAAAGAGAGAACUAUUCAGCAGUGCAAAAUCAACCCCUGAACUUAAGUAAAGAUGUGUAAUGGAGAAUGGAAAUUAUUGUUAAGAUCUCACUUUAUUAAUAAAUCAUUCAAAUCUCAA